CAGAGCAGCCCUCGCUGUAAAUCUGGGCGAGGGUCUCUGUAGAUCAGAGUCACGGCUGCUCGUUCCGCUUGCAGGACAGUGUAUGACGGGUUAUGACCCUGCAGCUUCGAAAAUGCAGAAAAGUCAGACUGAGCAUCUCUAUAAAAUUUUAGUCAUCGGCGACUUGGGGGUAGGAAAGACCAGUAUCAUAAAACGUUACGUGCAUCAAAACUUUUCCCAACAUUAUCGAGCUACAAUAGGCGUAGAUUUCGCUCUCAAAGUUAUCCACUGGGACUCGGAGACUGUGGUCCGGCUGCAGUUAUGGGAUAUCGCCGGUCAAGAACGAUUUGGGAACAUGACAAGAGUAUAUUACAGAGAGGCCAUCGGAGCAUUCAUAGUCUUUGAUGUGACACGAGCCUCAACAUUUGAAGCGGUGUCGAAAUGGAAAGAUGAUUUAGACUCAAAACUGACUCUCCCUAAUGGCAAACCUGUCUCUGUUGUUUUACUGGCAAACAAAUGUGAUAAAGGAAGCGAGUUCUUAUCUGCCAAUCCUGGAAAAAUGGAACAGUUCUGCAAGGAUCAUGGAUUUGUCAGCUGCUUUGAAACUUCAGCCAAGGAAAAUGUCAACAUUGAGGAAGCAGCUCGAUGUUUGGUGAAACACAUCAUUGCCAGUGAGAAUGAUCUUGCUCGGUCCGCUGAAUCUGAUGUGGUCAACCCAACACUCAAUUCCUUCAGAAGCAAUGGCAACUGCUCAUCUUGCUUCAAGGCUUAGACUUUCAAGGCUUACUGAUCAAGAUUUCAUUGUAACUACAGUUCUGUCACAGUUUUCAUACUAAGUUGCAAUAUUACCAGUUACAACAUUUUUAACUGGAGUCUGGAAGAAGGUGGGAUUUGGAAAUAAAAUGUUAAUGCAGUUCAGUAAUAACUGUUUCCACAUACAAUAUAUUGGAUGUGUAACGUAGAAAAACAUCCCCAGACUGCUUCACGAGAAUAAGAAAUGAAAGGAAAGUUUGUGUUAUUAAAAAUAGGCUUCACUGCAUCGACUGGGAACCAAAGAAACAAGAGAUUAAAAUUCAACUUUAUUCAGGCUAAUUGGGAUAUAAUUGGCUAUUUCAAUGGAGGAGAAAAUUGUGCAGGAUGUUUAACAAGGGGCUGAUCUGGUAUAGUCUGUCUCUGCCCUGCUAAAACUGAAUUUCACCCUCCAGCAUCAUUUUCAUCAUCAGCAGAAAAGAAGGCAGUCCUUUUACAUAACACAGUCACAUGUUUUGCAAUCACUUUACAGAGUAAAAAUUCAUCUUCUCUUGCUUAUGCUAAAUGCAUUAUAUAGCAGCAGCUGUGUUCUGCGCUUCUGAAAUUUAGCUUCAUUGUAUUUAGUUUUCUAAAAUUGCUAAUUAUUCAGUACAUUAACGGAUCCAAGCUGAUUCCCAAUGCUGAAGAGAGUGCUUGGGAUCUGUGAGAUUUUUUUUCUAAUCCCAUCUCUAAAUAACUACAACAUCUUUACCAUUCCCUUGACUGAGAUUAGUUAAUUCAGCACACGCCAUGGGUCAGACCUGUGAGAAUCUGCAUUGAAUCAUAGCUUCAUCAAAGGAGAGCAGUUGAGACCAAGAUGAUGCUCUGGAAGCACAAUCCAGUCAGUGUAAACCCCAGAUCUUAUGGAGCCUUGUAGUUUAGCAGCAAAACGUUUCCUCCUUAUUCACUUUCUUUUUGAACACUUUGCUCAAAUCACCUCUCUGCUUUCACUUCUUUAAGAAGAACAUUCUGAAAUUCUCCAAUCCAUCCACGAAACUAAAGUUCUUUAUUGUUCUUUUACCACUUCGCAGUUCUCUGUAUGAAAUUACUUGCAUGUAUCCUCCCAUUCUACCUCCUGUAUAUAUCCUCUUGAAGUCUCUCGUUCUUGUCCUCAAUACUUACUGCACCUUCAAGUUAAGUAACAGUUGUACAUUUUGAAAUGCUGCCCUGUAUACCCCACUCUAGUUCAUUAACAUACAUGAAGGAAGCAGUGGUCCUGGAACCCCUGUGGAACACCAUACCAUCAUCCAGCCUAGAGUGCAACUGUUCACCAUGGCUGUGUUUCCUGUCCCUUUGGCUAUUUUGUAUCCAAGCUGCUGCUUCCUUUCCCCCCAUAGAUUUCAGUUUUGCUGACAAGCUUAUUAUGUGAUAUUUUAGCAAACACCUUUUGAUAGUCUAUGUACAUAAUACCAAAUGCAUUACUGUCAAAAACCCUCUCUCAUAACACAUCAAAAACCCAAGUCAAUUAGUUAAGUACAAUUACUUCUAACAAAUCUGUGCUGACUUUCCUUUGUUAACCCAUACUUGUCCAAAUGUCUAGAAAUUUUGUUCCUAACUACUGUUUCUACUAGCUUCCUCUUCCUCACCAAGGUUAAACUUUAAAUCCUCUUAUGAACAAAGGUAUAACAUUUAUAACCUCUAGCACCACCUCAUGUCUAAAACUAUAUUCAGUAUCUCAACUGUUUCAUCGUUUGCUAGGAUUUUAGCAACAGCUUCUUUAAUACAGUAUUUUACAUCUCUGCUAACUCCUCUGCUUCCAUGUGUAGAUCUCCUAUUGGGUGUCUAAUCAGCCUUAACCAUCUCCAAACUACCCAUUCAUCAUUUAACUGCCAAAAGAAGAAUUUUUGAUUUCUCAAGUCAUUGUGUGGCUCAGCUAUUUAAGUAUUGUUUUGGUUAAAUUAUAAUGUUCUUAUGCCUGAGUCUCACAGGGUGGGAUGGAUUUGUCAAACCCCAUUCCAGGACUAGAACAUAUAAUUCAGUUAAGAGCAAUACUGCAUUGGAAAAAGUAUCAUCUUUGAGGUGAAUAUUAACAAUUCCAUGAUACUACUUGAAGCAUAUUAUCUGAAAAUUUGCUGCCACAUUUGCUUACAUUAUAUCACUACACUUCAAAAGUGAUCCAUUGACUAAGAAGCUCUCUGGGACUUCCUCAAUGAGGUAAUAAAGUGUAAAGACUCUUUUGUGGAAAUGAGGAAGGGUGCUGCAUUCUGCUGAUCACAUUUCUCUGACUUACAUUGGUUCCCAGUUCCCAGCAAUUAAACUUUACAUUUUUAAUCUUUACACUUAAAUUUGUCCAUCCUCUCCCCCUUGGCAAUCUCUGAAAACUUCUCCAAUGACAUGACAUUGUAUAAACAACUGAUUCCUCUGCCAUCAAUGUGCAUCGCUUUUCUUUUGUUCCAUUAUGCCCACACUUUUCUUCCUAAGCCGCUGAACACCUCUGCCUUUCCCUCAGUUUUGAUGAGUUUUUAUGCUUUGAUUCGGCUUGGGAUACUUUUUUACAUUAAAGGCCUGAUGUAAAUGCACAUCAUUAUUGUUAAAUGAA